AACCCCAGAGAGUCUUUAGCCGCAGAGAGAGAGAGAGAGAGGGAGAGACACAGAGCUAGAGAAGAUGCAGAUCUUUGUGAAAACCCUAACCGGGAAGACCAUCACCCUUGAGGUCGAGUCCAGCGACACCAUCGACAACGUCAAGGCCAAGAUCCAGGACAAGGAAGGUAUCCCGCCGGACCAGCAGAGGCUCAUUUUCGCCGGAAAGCAGCUCGAGGAUGGCCGUACUCUUGCCGAUUACAACAUUCAGAAAGAAUCAACUCUGCAUUUGGUUCUGAGGCUCCGUGGUGGUAUUAUUGAGCCUUCUCUCAUGGCAUUGGCUAGGAAGUACAACCAAGAGAAGAUGAUCUGCCGCAAGUGCUACGCACGCCUUCACCCCCGUGCUGUCAACUGCAGGAAGAAGAAGUGUGGACACAGCAACCAGCUGAGGCCAAAGAAGAAGAUCAAGUAGACAUUGAAUUGCUUCGGUGGAAUGCAGCUUAUGGAAGAACUGGAUACAUUAUGUUUGCUGUUAGAAUCUUUAGUAACAUCAAUAUGUUUGAACUUAAAUCCUUUUGGAUUACUAGUUUCUUAUGUUUGCUUUAUCUUGACGACAUCUGAACCUUAUUUUGUGUAAUGGCAAACUUUCAAUUUUGACA